AAUGUCUCAAUUGGUCCGUUAUAGCCGUUACCUUUCCCGCCUCAAAAACCCUCAAUUUCAAACUAAUCAUCAACUUCUGACAUUCUCCUUCUCCUCCAUAUCAGACAAUGUAAAACCAGCUCAACCCCGUCCACCUCCGAUCCGCGUCGGAAUUACCGAGUCAGCAGGUCGAGGCGUGUUCGCCAUUGCCAAAAUUAACACCGGAGAACUUAUCCACACAGCUAAACCAAUUCUGUCUUAUCCAUCUCUAUCGAGUAUUACCAGUGCUUGUUAUUUCUGUCUCAGAAAGAUAAAUAGUUUUUCAGUAGAGGAAAACCAGAACGUUAGGUUUUGUAGCCAAGAGUGCAAGGAUAAUGCUAAGGUGUUUUAUGAUGUUGAGACAAAAGCAGAUUGGUCAGCAUUUGAUGAUUAUUGCAGGACGCAAGGUCUAAAGUAUCCACAUAUGGUAAAACGAUUGGCUUGUAUGGUUAUGUCAGGAGCUGCAUCUGCUGACUAUCUUGACAUACUUCAACCUUCUAUUUUGUCUCGUGAAGCUAUAUCAGCGAUGGAGGAGGGCUAUGGUUUGCUGAGAAGCUGUUUUACCAAGGCAAAUAUCGUGGAUGACCAGGUAUCAUUCUUAACCAAGCAAUGGUAUAUUAACCAAUUGGCGCGGAUUCGUAUCAAUGCAUUCCGCAUUGAAUUGGCUGUACAAUCGUACGAAGAUCUUCUGUCAUCAGCAGCUGCCUGCAUAGAGGCUGAAGCUGCUGUUGGGAAUUCCGUUUAUAUGCUUCCCUCCUUUUACAAUCAUGACUGUGAUCCUAAUGUUCACAUCAUAUGGAUAGAGAAUGCAGAUGCUAGAUUGAAGGCCCUUUGUGACAUUGAACCAGAUGAAGAGCUUCGGAUCUGCUAUAUAGAUGCUAGUAUGGAGCAUGAUGCUCGGCAAACCAUAUUGAGUGAAGGAUUUGGUUUUAAGUGCAAUUGCCUUCGGUGUUUGUCAGGAGAUUGAUUAUGUUGUUUGUUUCAGUUUGCUAUAUUUCUUCUUGUAUUCUGGUAUAAACACAAGCUAAGACAAUAGUUCUUACCUCAUGGUUGAUCUAAAA